AUGGCUUUCUCCAACAAGAACUUUCCCACUCUCAAAAAUGAUCGACUGAUAAGAGCAGCUCUUGGCAAAGAAGUAGAUAAAGUACCUGUAUGGGUAAUGAGGCAAGCUGGUCGAUAUCUACCAGAAUUUCAAGCAGUGAGAGCUCAACAUGAUUUUUUCACCGUUUGUCAAACUCCUGAAUUAGCUUGUGAGGUCACACUGCAACCAUUAAGGCGUUAUGAACAUUUGGAUGCUUCUAUUAUAUUCAGUGAUAUACUGGUUAUACCACAAGCUCUUGGUAUGACGGUGGAGAUGCACCCUGGUUUGGGCCCAGUGUUUCCAAAACCUUUACAAGAUCCCUCUGAACUAGAUGAGUUAAAAGAAAAUGGAGCUAUUUCUAGAUUAGAUUAUGUAGGUAAAGCCAUUACUUUAACAAGGCACAGACUAGAAGGAAAGGUUCCUUUGAUUGGAUUCACAGGAGCACCGUUCACUUUAAUGGGAUAUAUGGUAGAAGGAGGUGGGAGUAAAACAAUGUCAAAAACCAAAGAGUGGUUGGAGAAAUAUCCAAAGGAUGUUCACAGGCUUCUUAGUUUGUUAACAAAGGUUAUUAUUGACUACUUAGUAAUGCAGGUAGAAAGCGGUGCACAACUAUUACAAGUGUUUGAAUCCAGUGCUGAUCACCUCACAAGAGAGCAGUUUAUAGAAGUAUCAUCUCCAUAUCUUAAAGAUAUACGAAAUGGAGUUCAAAAGAAACUUGAAGAGAAGAAACUGGAACAAGUUCCUAUGACAAUUUUUGCUAAAGGUGGGGGCCAUUCUUUAGAUGUUCAGGCUAAAUUAGGCUAUGAAACAAUUGGUUUAGACUGGACUGUUGACCCAAUUGAAGCAAGGAAAAUCGUUGGAACAAAUAUUACUUUGCAGGGAAAUCUUGAUCCACAAGAUUUGUAUAAGACACCAGAAGAAAUUAGAAGACUGACAAUAGAUAUGGUUAAAAAGUUUGGCAAACAUAGAUACAUAGCUAACCUAGGUCACGGAAUUACACCCCAAACUCCAUUAGAAAGUAUGACUGCAUUUACUGAAGCUGUACAUGAAGCAAUAUGA